AUGAUGCUUAUACAGGUGCCGGUCAGGUAUUCAUUUUCAUCUCCAUCUCCCAUCUCAAGAACUUCAAAACUAAACCUGGCCCUGAAGGGUAUCGGAAGAAGUGCAGCCAUCCUAUUCGCAAAAGAGGGCGCAAAAGUCGUUGUUAGCGACAUCGACGCAAAGAAAGGCGAAGACGUCGUUAACGAAAUCAAAGCUUUCGGUGGAGAUGCAAUUUCAGUGUCAGGAGAUGUUGGAGCCGACGACUUCCCGAAAAAAAUCGUUGAUGCUACUGUCCAGAAAUACGGAAAAAUCAACCAUAUCGUGAACAAUGGCAUGUUCUCUUCAUCUCUUAAAACGCCUCAAAAAGACCAUUAA